AUGGCUAGUGCAAUCAAGAUUCCCCCUGGAAUUCGCCUCUUCAACAAGAUCGCAGACUUUAGACAAUGGAGACGCGAAAUUUUGCUGGACCGCAAGACACUGGGUUAUGUACCCACUAUGGGUGCUCUUCACAAGGGUCAUUUAGCAUUAGUUUCAACGGCCAAGUCACACUGUGACCAUGUCGCACUGACUAUCUUUGUCAACCCAGCUCAAUUUGCACCUCAUGAAGACCUUUCGAGUUACCCACGUACUUUGCAAGCCGAUUUAGACAAAUUAGCUUCUCUGGGUCCCGGAGUCGCUUCUGCUGUACUAGUGCCCCAAGUAGAAGAAAUGUACCCAGCCGGGAUUGACUUGGAUGUCUCUAAGCAAAAGGGUACCUUUGUAGAAGUCAAAGGAAUUUCUGAGAUUCUUGAAGGAAAGACUCGACCGGCUUUCUUCCGAGGUGUUACGACUGUGGUUUCUAAAUUCUUUAAUAUUGUCCAGCCUGAUAAUGCAUUCUUUGGCCAAAAGGAUAUCCAACAGUGUUAUGUGAUUAAGUCCAUGAUCCGGGAUAUGCAUUUCCCUAUCAAGCUGGAAAUCUGCCCUACGACACGCGAAGAGGAUGGCCUAGCAAUGUCAUCUCGCAAUACCUAUCUAACCCCUUCUCAGCGUGCUCAUGCACUUGUACUGUACAAUGCCCUCAAGAAGAUGGAAAAGCUUUAUGCAGCAGGGGAGCAUAAUGUAUCAUCCUUAAUCAAGGCAGCCCAUGCAGUUGUAGAAGAAGAACGUCAAAAGGUUAAAAAACUCAACGAGGGCUGGGAGAUCAAGUUGGAUUACAUCAGUAUCAAUGACAAGUCUGAUCUCUCGGAGGUUGGAGAUAAGCUUAAGGAGGGAGGCUGUGUGAUGAGUGGAGCUGUGUAUGUAGGCAAGACUCGCCUGAUUGAUAACUUGUUAGUGAACUAAAAAAAUGAAAUGAAAACAAUACUCAAACAAAUAGAAUGAAAGGUAGAAAGCAAGCCAUAAAGUGCCUUGUAGUCUAAGUUAUUUUUGAAU